CAUGGACGCGGAGUGACGCGCAUGCGCAGUGACUGAUUACGGAAAGCAGAGAUGUGAUGUUCCCCAGACGCGUUCGGGAUCAACAUUGACGCACUUACAAACAAAACCUUAAUAUUUAUCAAGAUGAAAUUAACCCGGAAACUUGUUCUGGCUCGGGCUAAAGCAUCGGACCUGGAAAGUGUGAAGAAAUUAAACUGCUGGGGCUGUAAUCUGACAGACAUCUCCAUAUUUGAGCAGAUUCCUAAUGUCGAGGUUCUCACACUGAGUGCGAAUCACAUCUCGUCUCUGGAGCACAUCUCGUCCUGCCAGCAUCUGAGCGAACUCUACCUGCGACGCAACGACAUCCACUCGCUGUGUGAACUCCAGCAUCUGAGGGGUCUGAGUUACCUGAAGGUCCUGUGGCUAGCGGAGAACCCGUGCUGUUACUCUAGCGACCCGAACACAUACCGGCUGACCGUCAUCAGAACCCUGCCCGGACUGCACAAGCUCGACAACCAGCUGAUUACAGAGGAGGAACUCGCACAAGCAUUAAAGGAAGGGGAGGAGCUUGUGAGCCCUCCAGGCCCCGCCCCCACCAGCUCAACCAAUGGCCUUACAGAAGCAGAGUCCGAGAACGACCCUCUUAAUUACAGUAUGGAGGAAACCAAUAAGAUCCGCGCUCAGCUGGGAAUGAAGCUUCUGCCGAGAGACAAGUUCCCCUCGCUGGCGUCCCCGAGAGAGGCCGGAGACAAGAGGAAGUGUCACACACUCGAGGCCGUUCUGCUCCUGCUGAAGGAUCUGGACGUGGAGGAGCUGAGGAUCGUUCAGUCGGUCACGGAGAGCAAGCUCAGAUCUCGCAGUCGACAGAGAGAGAGAUCUCCUGUCUGCUCAUGA